AUGUGGUGGGAAAAGCUGCCAAUUGAAGCAAAGCCUGGCUGGUGGAAGAGGAACACAGGGGGGUAUAAACCAGGCACGCUCAAUGGUAGGCGGAACCAAGCAGAGAAGAGAGAGAGAGAGAGAACAGUCGAGCAGGAAAGCAGAAGAUUGGCAGCUUUAUUGAAAAGGAGCGGACGGGCGAGAAGUAAUAAAGCAAGAGGACCAAGAAGGAGGGAGAAAUUAAGCAACAAGGGCCGAGAAGAAGACGAAGGAAAGGAAGCAGAAGAUAAGAAGAGCGAGGGAGAGAAAAAGGAGGGAGGGAGAGAGGGAAAGGGAGGAAGAGAGGGAGAGAAAAGACAGAGCUGGCCGGCCGGUGAACGGCUUCUUGAAAUAAUAAGAACAACGGUCGUCCUCUUCUUCUUCUCUUGCAGCCAGGCAGGAAGGGAUUCUCCGUACUUUUCUGGCUCGAACUGCAAAAAAAGAGAAGAAAAAAGGUUAAAAGGUAAAAAAAACAUAGAAGGUCAAUUAGGGUGGAACAAGGGUGGAGAGCUUCGUAUGGGUUUGGCUAAACCUGAGCAUCUUUUAAUGCAAAAUAAAGCUGAAAGUGAAAAAAGAGAGAGAGAGAGAGACGUUGACAGCAAAGUAGAAGUCCCAGUGGUGGUUGGUGAUUUGGUAGGCUGUACGGAGUAG